UAAACGAGAGAGGAGAGAAGACUGAACGACCGUUCUGCUAUUCCGAGAAUGCGCAGGUGGUAAGCUUCAAUCAACUCCAAAUUAAUUAAGUUCAACAAUGAGCCAUGAAUAAGGGCUAUGUAAGAAGGAUUUUUUACCUAGAAUGAGCCACUCUCGGUUGAUGCUGUAGAGAGCAAAUCGGUUGUUUCCGUCUUGGAGAGUAAGGAACGUCAUUUCCAAACCACACAUUCUUGGGAUUUUCUAGGAGUCAAUUACAUUCAUCGACACUGAUAACUGCUUUAUUUCUUUAUUUAUUUUGAGCAAGCUUAUUUGAUGAUGUAAUCACUGGUCAUCAUCUAUUCAUCUAUACUGGGUAUAAAUAAAAUAUGACUUUAGGACUUGCUUGCAAGAAUUUGGCCGGAAUCGGAGAGCUUCAACGAUAGAGGGUUAGGGCCAAUGCCCAAGAGAUUUAAGGGGAAGUGUGUUCCUGAACAAAAUUUUACAAUGGCCAACUGCAACAGGAAAAUUAUAGGUGCCCAGUACUACUUGAAAGGGCUUGAAGCAACUGCUCGUAGAUCUCUUGAAUCACUCAUCCCUUCUUUCCUCUGCUCAGCUCGAGCUGAAAAUGGGCAUGGCACACACACAGCUUCAAUAGCGGUAGGAUCUGCAGUGAGCGAUACCAGCUUAUUCGGCAUAGGUGCUAUUGCAAUGAUGCAAUGACAUGCUCAUGGCCAUUGGCGACGCUAUUGAAACCAAGAAGUAACCGAGUUUCAUUUUGUUUGUUGUCUCCUCUAGCUUCGACAACGAGGUUGUCUUCUCCAGCAACAGUUGAGUUAAAAACAAGGGGUACCAGAAGCAAAUGCGAUUUGUUCCAGCAAUUUCUUCUAAAAUACACGAAGAAUAUCUUGGUACGAUGCUAUCUGGUGUGUGACUCGUCGAUUUCAACUUUUACGGCGUCGUCUUCCACUUAACAUCACCGACAGGAGGAAUCAGUUUUUCAUAACUUCAACUUCAAGUCACAGAGUGGGUGGGUAUUUAUGUUUUUUUGCAUUUUGACUAACGGUGAGUGAACGCAGGUAUUGGAUUAUCGCAAAUUGAA